AUGUCAGCAUCAACUAGUCAAAAUGAAGACAAUGAUAUCGAAGUCAAAAUUGGAGGGCAUCCUGAAAGCACAGAUAGCACAGAUGAAAAGGACAUUACAAAAUAUUUUGCAAUCAGUCCGGAAGGCGACUUUGUUGUUGAAUUUGAUAUAGAAGAAUUCAAAUUACAAGCGUAUAUUAUUGAACCAGAUAAGGAUUCAAGUAUAGAAAAUGACCAGAAAUUUUCAUACAAGAAGCUUUCCCCUAUUCCUAUCAAAUUUGAAUCUGCUAGUAAAUCAUCGCUAUACUCAUUUAAAAAUUUUAAAAAGACUAGAUGGUCUAUUGCAGUGUCAGACAAAUUAACUAGCACAUCGGAGAGAUUAUUAGCAAUAUCUUGUGUCGGCUUUAGGGACAUGGUGCAUUAUAAUGACAGCUCUAGCAUUGUGAUGCCGAUAGAAAUUCCUGAAAAUGGAAGCACCUCAGUAUUUAUUAUUAACCAAAUUAACGAUAAUUAUUCAGUUAGUUCUAUUGAUGGUAAAUGUUUACUGAUUGUAUAUGGUGGAAUAGUAAAAUUAUUCUCUAAACAAGACCAUAUAAUUAAUCAAAAGACUGAAAAAGAUAAACAAUCAAUAGAAGAAAGUAGUCAAAAUGUUGAUGAACACUUUUUGAUUCUCUUAAAAUUUUCAGGGAUCUACAAGUAUCAUAUCGACAUGAAUAAAUCUAUUAGUAACAUACAAAAAUUAAAAUAUCCAAGAAGACUAUGCAAAGCCAUGAUUAAUAAUAUAAAUACACAACUUAUGGUUGGUAGUAAAUAUGCAUAUGACUAUACAUACGACUAUAUUAAAAUGUGCUUAAAUAGGCAUUAUUUUUUGGUUGAUACUAAUAAAGAAGACAGCAGCUACAUAGAACUUUAUGAUUUAAUGACAAACCAAUUAGUAAAUACCUUCCAAAGACAGAUUUUAAACAAAUCGAUCUUGUUUGAUGCUCCGACUUUAUCAUAUGCAAUAUCAAACAAUAACAAAUUAUUAGCAUAUGUAUCUUCAUCCAUUAAAGGAAUCAUAAUAUAUUCGAUUGAAUGCAGUCUUAAAAUAGCAGAGCUUGCAGAUAUUAUGUUACUUAUAUAUCAUUCAGAAAAUGAGUGGACGGUCUGGAAUAUUUUUGGAUCAUUCCGAGAUUCUGUUAAAUUAGAGAAUCCAGAAUUUAUAGUGAAACUUCCAGUAGGGUAUAGUGGUAAUAUAGAACGAUCAAAUUCAUUAAUAAUCGCUAAUGAAGAUUGGAAGCAACUAUCAAGUGAUUUUUUGAGAAAUGAUCUUAAUAAUGUGAUCCAAGAUCUUCAGGGUAAUGAAUCAAAAUUAGAUGAAGAUUACCAUAUGCUUGAACCCUGGUGUACAGAUAAUGAUUUAAUAAGGCCACAAUAUUCGUUCGCUCUUGAUAAAGACAAAUUGCUAUUAAUUGGAAACCAUUCAAUUCAAGUUUGGUAUGAUCAAGGUUUUAAUAAAAGAUCUCUUGAAUUCAUUUGUGUGCCCUUAUCUUAUUCGCGCUCCUUUCACGCGCACGAUAUUUCUGUGUCGGACUUACUUAAAUGGCAAUAUAAAAUAAUACAAGUAAAAGACAUUAAGUAUUACGAUAUUAUGAAUGUAGUAAAAUAUGCAUGUUACGCACUUAAAUAUUUUUCUGCUUUUAAAAAGUUGGAACAGAGUCAUGAAGAGUAUCAAAAAUUACAAUUCGAUAUCAUCAUAAAACAAACACGCAAAAUAAUAUUAAGAUUUAUUAGAUUGCAUCCAACUGCUUGGCGGCUGUUAGAGUUUCGCUUUGGUUUAAUGAAUAUUCUUAUUGAAACGGGAGAUUAUGAACUUGUAAAUGACAUUUUGUCUUUUGGAGAAUCGAUUCAUAUACCUCAAAAAUUUCCUUGGUCAGGUGAACAAACUACUAUUCGUACGGCAUUUUCAG